AUGGAAGAAUUGGAGGCACUUGUCAAAACACUUCACGAUGGUGAUGAACUCAAGGUUGGAAAACUGUUGGAAACUCCGAUAAUAAUCCUUGGUUUAUCGAUUCGCAAAGGCUUGUACAUUCGACAGGAAUAUUGGAACCUUUAUAAUAUCAUCGAGCGACGAUUGAGGUGGGAUCCAUCGCUUUGUAGAAUUCUUGUGUGGGGCAGUCCUGGGAUUGGAAAGUACACAAUACAACGUGAGAACGAAGUUUAA